AUGAGCCUCUCCAUGAGAGAUCCGGUCAUUCCUGGGACAAGCAUGGCCUACCAUCCGUUCCUACCUCACCGGGCGCCGGACUUCGCCAUGAGCGCGGUGCUGGGUCACCAGCCGCCGUUCUUCCCCGCGCUGACGCUGCCUCCCAACGGCGCGGCGGCGCUCUCGCUGCCGGGCGCCCUGGCCAAGCCGAUCAUGGAUCAAUUGGUGGGGGCGGCCGAGACCGGCAUCCCGUUCUCCUCCCUGGGGCCCCAGGCGCAUCUGAGGCCUUUGAAGACCAUGGAACCCGAAGAGGAGGUGGAGGACGACCCCAAGGUGCACCUGGAGGCUAAAGAACUUUGGGAUCAGUUUCACAAACGGGGCACCGAGAUGGUCAUUACCAAGUCGGGAAGGCGAAUGUUUCCUCCAUUUAAAGUGAGAUGUUCUGGGCUAGAUAAAAAAGCCAAAUAUAUUUUAUUGAUGGAUAUUAUAGCUGCUGAUGACUGUCGUUAUAAAUUUCACAAUUCUCGGUGGAUGGUGGCUGGUAAGGCCGACCCUGAAAUGCCAAAGAGGAUGUACAUUCACCCGGAUAGCCCAGCUACCGGGGAACAGUGGAUGUCCAAAGUCGUCACUUUCCACAAACUGAAACUCACCAACAACAUUUCUGACAAACAUGGAUUUACUUUGGCCUUCCCAAGUGAUCACGCUACGUGGCAGGGGAAUUAUAGUUUUGGUACUCAGACUAUACUGAACUCCAUGCACAAAUACCAGCCCCGGUUCCACAUUGUAAGAGCUAAUGACAUCUUGAAACUCCCUUAUAGUACAUUUCGGACAUACUUGUUCCCCGAAACUGAAUUCAUCGCUGUGACCGCAUACCAGAAUGAUAAGAUAACUCAGUUAAAAAUAGACAACAACCCUUUUGCAAAAGGUUUCCGGGACACUGGAAAUGGCCGAAGAGAAAAAAGAAAACAGCUCACCCUGCAGUCCAUGAGGGUGUUUGAUGAAAGACACAAAAAGGAGAACGGGACCUCCGAUGAGUCCUCCAGCGAACAAGCAGCUUUCAACUGCUUUGCUCAGGCUUCUUCUCCAGCCGUCUCCACUGUAGGGACAUCGAACCUCAAAGAUUUAUGUCCCAGCGAGGGUGAGAGCGACGCCGAAGCAGAGAGCAAAGAGGAGCACGGCCCCGAGGCCUGCGACGCAGCCAAGAUCUCCACCACCACGUCGGAGGAGCCCUGCCGUGACAAGAGCAGCCCCGCGGUCAAGGCGCACCUUUUCGCCGCCGAGCGGCCCCGGGACAGCAGGCGGCUGGACAAGGCGUCGCCCGACUCGCGCCACAGCCCCGCCACCAUCUCAUCCAGCACCCGCGGCCUGGGCGCGGAGGAGCGCAGGAGCCCGGGCCGCGAGGGCGCAGCGCCAGCCAAGGCGGAGGAGGCGCGCGCGCUCCCGGGCAAGGAGGCCUUCGCGCCGCUCACGGUGCAGACGGACGCGGCCGCCGCGCAUUUGGCCCAGGGUCCCCUCCCCGGCCUCGGCUUCGCCCCGGGCCUGGCGGGCCAGCAGUUCUUCAACGGGCAUCCGCUCUUCCUGCACCCCGGCCAGUUUGCCAUGGGGGGCGCCUUCUCCAGCAUGGCGGCCGCCGGCAUGGGGCCCCUCCUGGCUACCGUGUCCGGGGCCUCCACCGGCGUCUCGGGCCUGGAUUCCACGGCCAUAGCCUCUGCCGCCGCAGCGCAGGGACUGUCCGGGGCGCCCGCGGCCACCCUGCCCUUCCACCUCCAGCAGCACGUCCUGGCUUCUCAGGGCCUGGCCAUGUCCCCUUUCGGAAGCCUGUUCCCUUACCCUUACACGUACAUGGCUGCGGCGGCGGCCGCCUCCUCUGCGGCAGCCACCAGCUCUGUGCACCGCCACCCCUUCCUCAAUCUGAACACCAUGCGCCCGCGGCUGCGCUACAGCCCCUACUCUAUCCCGGUGCCGGUCCCCGACGGCAGCAGCCUGCUCACCACCGCCCUCCCCUCCAUGGCAGCGGCCGCGGGGCCCCUGGACGGCAAAGUCGCCGCUCUGGCCGCCAGCCCAGCCUCGGUGGCUGUGGACUCGGGCUCUGAACUCAACAGCCGCUCCUCCACGCUCUCCUCCAGCUCCGUGUCCUUGUCGCCCAAACUCUGCGCGGAGAAGGAGGCGGCCACCAGCGAACUGCAGAGCAUCCAGCGGUUGGUCAGUGGCUUGGAAGCCAAGCCGGACAGGUCCCGCAGCGCAUCCCCGUAGACCCCCUCCCAGACACGUCUCUUCAUUCCAGUCCAGUCCACGCUGCCGUGCACUUUGUUGGAUGUAAAAUAAACCACAGGCCCGCCAUGGCGUCAGCCCUUCCUUUUGCAGUUGCCCCUAGGAAGGGGCCCCCGGACUCCCUCGAGAGAAUGUGCUAGAGACAGCCCCUGUCUUCUUGGCGUGGUUUAUGCAUCUGGGAUCUGGAUCAGAUUCUGGGGGCUAAGAAACGUCGGUUGCAUUGAGCUCUUGGGGGUGGGAGUUCCAACAUUUAUGUCCAGAGCAACUUCCAGCAAGGCUGGUCUGGGUCCCUGCCCACCAGGCAGGGAGACUUAUACAUUUUUUCCUUCACUGUGUCAAGUGGAAACAAAAACAAAUAAAAUCUUUCAAAAAAAAAAAUCGGGACAAGUGAAUACUUAACAUGAUUCUGUUUGUGCAGAUUAAAAACUUUAUAGGGACUCGUAUUAUCGGUUCUCAAUAAAUUACUGAGCAGCUUUGUUUGGAGAGGGAAGUCCCUACCAUUUGUUUAGUCUGUAUUAAGGAAAUCUGUGUCCUUUUAAUAUUCUUGUGAUGUUUUCAGAGCCGCUAUAGGUCUCUUCUUGCAUGUUUCACAGUAAUGUAUUUGUGGUUUUUAUUUUGAACGCUUGCUUUUAGAGAGAAGACAACUACCCCCAUACCUUUCCCCAGUCAUUUGCCCUCAAAUCAGUGACCCAAGGGUGGGGGGCGGUAUCAAGGAAAGGAGUGGGCAAAACACAUAAAAUGAAUUUAUUUUAUCUAAGCUCUGUAGCAGGAUUCAUGUCGUUCUUUGACAGUUCUUUCUCUUUCCUGUAUAUGCAAUAACAAGGUUUUAAAAAAAAAAUAAAGAAGUGAGACUAUUAGACAAAGUAUUUAUGUAAUUAUUUGAUAACUCUUGUAAAUAGGUGGAAUAUGAAUGCUUGGAAAAUUAAACUUUAAUUUAUUGACAUUGUACAUAGCUCUGUGUAAAUAGAAUGGCAACAGGUUUUGUGUUCUCGUUUUCCUUUAGUUGGUUUUAUUUCCAGGUCACAGAAUUGCUGUUAACACUAGAAAACACACUUCCUACACCAACACCAGUGCCCUUUCAAAAGAGUUGUCUGCCACAUUUUUAUUUUCCUUUUAAUGUCCAAAAAUGGGGGGAAGUACUACUUCCUAUUUCAGCCAAAAAUUGGGAAAGGCUUGCCAGUUUCCAGCUCCACUUCAAACUCCUUAAAAUACAGCUGAGAUUGCUGUGGGGAGGGAGGAGGGCAGAGGCUGCGGUUUGACUUUCUAAUUCUUCUCUCGUUAUUUGUAUUUGCUAGUCUCUGAUUUCCUAAGAACGAAGUGGAAUUUACAACUGUUGUCAAUAUCGAUGGUGUUUUGAAUUGGUGCCUAUAGAGAUUCACAGUUCAAAAGUCAGCUGCUGAGAGAUGGUUUAAAAACAAAUUCAUGAAGGUAUAUUUUGUGUUAUAGUUGUUGAUGAGUUCUUUGGUUUUCUGUAUUUUAUUUCCCCUCUCUUUAAAACAUCACUGAAAUUUCAAUAAAUUUUUAUUGAAAUA